UCACAAAAUCUCAACGCAUUGACUUUUGUUAUUUGAAUUCCAUUUAUCGGUUCGCGCGGUUGCCACCACCACUUCGACGCGUGCGCAUUCGAAUUUCUACCAAAAAUACCUACCAACAUAAAAAUAAAAAAAUGGGAGGAAAUUACUCCGCUAUGGAUCCGAUGGCAGUGCCCGUGCCCGACUUACGGAAAUUAUUUGAAAGAGAUGGUUAUUUAAGACCCUAUGAACGAGAAAUUCGACGACGUUAUGCGUGUUUCAAAGACAUAUGGGACAAAAUUCACGGUUGGGAUGGCGGUGUGGAGUCAUUCACAUCUGCCUAUAACUAUUACGGGCCACAGUUCGGGUUCGACGGCUCUGUUGUUUGGCGAGAAUGGGCCCCUGGCGCACACAGCAUGCAUCUGCAAGGAGACUUUAAUGGAUGGAAUCCAAAGAGUCAUCCAUUCAAGAAGCUAGAGUAUGGGAAAUGGGAGCUCUACAUCCCGGCUAACCCGGAUGGUUCACACCCCCUAAAACACCAGAGCAGGGUGCAGCUUAUAGUGAAUGAUCAUUUGUACAGAGUAUCACCAUGGGCCAGCUACGUCAAACCCUAUGAGGGCUUCACUUACCAACAGUUCAUUUAUAGACCUGAUGAGCCAUACCAGUUCAAACACAGUAAAGUAAGCCGACCAGCUUCCCUACGUAUUUACGAGUGCCAUGUUGGUAUAGCAACCAAUGAAGGCAGAGUUGGCACGUAUUUGGAGUUUAGAGACAAUGUCUUGCCGAGGAUUAAAGGUUUAGGUUAUAAUGCAAUUCAGUUGAUGGCCAUAAUGGAGCAUGCUUAUUACGCAUCGUUUGGAUACCAAGUCACAAGUUACUUUGCAGCUAGUAGUCGGUACGGAACUCCCUGCGAGCUAAAAAAGCUGAUCGACAGAGCUCACGAGAUGGGCAUAUACGUGUUACUAGAUGUGGUGCACUCCCACGCCUCGAAGAACACAUUGGACGGACUGAAUGAGUUCGAUGGUACUACCUCCUGCUUCUUCCACGACGGGCCCCGCGGCACGCACUCGCUAUGGGACAGCAGACUUUUUAAUUACUCUGAAACUGAGGUGCUACGAUUCCUGUUGUCUAACCUGCGAUGGUAUCAAGAGGAAUAUCAGUUUGAUGGAUUCAGAUUCGACGGUGUGACGUCCAUGUUGUACCACAACCGCGGCAUAGGCGCGGGCUUCUCCGGCCACUACGACGAGUACUUCGGCCUCAACGUCGACACGGAAGCUCUGGUGUAUCUGAUGGUAGCCAACGAGCUCAUCCACAGUAACGACAAACGGGCCAUCACUAUUGCUGAGGAUGUAUCAGGCAUGCCAGCUUCAGGUCGGCCGGUGAACGAAGGCGGCACCGGGUUCGAUUACCGUCUAGGCAUGGCUAUUCCUGAUAUGUGGAUCAAGCUGCUGAAGGAGCAGAAGGAUGAGGACUGGGAGAUGGGACACAUCGUUCACACGCUCACCAACAGACGCUGGCUCGAGGCCACUGUGGCUUAUGCUGAGAGCCAUGACCAGGCUCUGGUAGGGGACAAAACCUUAGCAUUCUGGCUGAUGGACGCAUCCAUGUACACGCACAUGAGCACGCUGAGCGAGCCCAGCGCCGUCAUCGAGCGCGGCCUGGCGCUGCACUGCAUGAUACGCCUCAUCACGCACGCGCUCGGCGGAGAGGCCUAUCUCAACUUUAUAGGCAACGAGUUCGGGCACCCGGAGUGGCUGGACUUCCCGCGCGAAGGCAACAACUCGUCGUACCACUACGCGCGCCGCCAGUGGCACCUCGUGGACGAUCCCCUGCUCAAGUACCGCUUCCUCAACCAGUUCGACGUCGAUAUGAACGCGCUGGAAGAGAAGUACGGUUGGCUGAGGUCCAAUCCGGCGUACGUGUCGUGCAAGCAUGAUGGCGACAAGGUGAUCGCGUUCGAGCGCGCCGGCCUGCUGUUCGUGUUCAACUUCCACCCCACGCAGAGCUUCACCGACUACCGCGUGGGCGUCGACGUGCCGGGGAAGUAUCAGGCUGUAUUGUGCUCGGAUAGCAAAAAGUAUGGCGGUUUCGGGCGCGUGGAGGCAGAUAAUGAGUUCCAUCACACACAGAACAUGCCCUGGAGCAACCGGAAUGACUCAAUACAGGUUUACAUUCCCUGCCGUUCAGCUAUUGUUUACGCUCGUUGUGAAUAGUAGAAACAUAUUAAAAUACCUAUUGUUUAAGAUUAUCUUCAAAUUCCACAAUGAGAAAUGUAUAUCUAAUGUUGUAAUAUAAAGCUUAGUAUAUCUACAUAAAAUCAUUAAUAGGUAUUGUAGAUAUUUAUAGGGCAUUGCUUUAUAAAAACCUACCUAUUUGUAUUAUGUAUUGUUAUUAUGACAUCUUUAUUUAGUUCAUAAUCAUGAUUUAUUUAUAUAUAAGAGCCAACUUGCUGUACCCUUGCGUGGAAGUGCCAUAUCCUAGUCAUUGUGAUUAGACAUGAAUUUAUUAAUGAAAAAUUAUGUAUAAAUAUCACAAAAGUAAGUCACAACCGAGUCCUAAAACGUGUUAUACAGUUUACAUUAUAAGUGCUAUGCAGUUUUUGUUAAUUCCAGUUAAAAUAUGUAAAACAAUUACAUUUUUUAAGGCUGUUUAAUAUUUAUGUAGUAAACAAGUUGAAAAACCAUAUGCAUGUAAAAAAAAAUUAUAGAAUUUCCAAACUGAAUUGUGUGAAAUCCCUAUUAUCUUAUUACUUGACAUGUAAGAAUAAUAUUUUGUUUGUUACAAGGAUUCAAGGUGUUAUUUAUUGUUUUUACUUUCCAAUUUUAUAUAAAUGAAAGACUUAGGAAGAAGUACAAAAAAUUUAUUAUUUUAAUAUUAAAUACAUUUAUUUUUAUUAAAACA